CAGCACACUGACAACCAAAAACAAGGAAAAUAUUUCAAAAAAUGCGCUCCACAUGUGUAUAGGAAACGCACCGCUGGCUCCAGGACACAGGACAGGACAUUGUUUGGAGCGCAUAAACAAAUGGCGGCUCAUGAAUGACACACGAACAGGUGAAGUCGUCGUAGUGAGUGGUUCGACGGUAGGGUGGGUAGUAGUUGGGUAGCAAGGAGGCGUUGUGCUGUCCUUUGGCGGUAGUGCGUGUGCCUUCCAGCGGGCAAUGAAAAUCCCGACCGUUCGGUAGAUAAGCCCACGGAUAGAAAAACCGAACUCCUCGGGCCACCCACCUACCAUUCCACCGACAGUGUCAUGACUGGAAUUGCAUGUGGUGGCCAGAAAACUGCUGGAAAUCAUAAAGUAUUCAUUAAUUGGAAGCCCGCGCCACUGAGUGACCACAUUGAGUGAAUCCGCUGGCACAGGUAAAAACCGAGGCAGUUGUCAAUUUUCAAGCUCAGUUUCGAUUCGGACGCUCGGCGUGCAGUAUGUGCCCGGUUAAUUGAACCUACGAAGGAGUCGUAUCGAAGGAUAAAUAUCGGGUGGAAAGAACGCGAAAAGUUCAGAAAUCAAAACAUAACACCGGCAACGACAUGUAGCUCGGCGUUGUGCGUGCUGCCGACGAUUAAACGCGAGAACAAGUAUCCCUGAGAUAUCAGAGCCACAAAACGAACACUAAUUUAUAAUAUACACACAUCGGCGGUAUUAUUUUCACGGUAGCCAUGGGCAGAAUUUUACCGCUUUCCAUGAAUCUGAACUGGUUUUAAAAAAGCCAAAAUUAUAAACAUAGUUUUUUUUCGAAUUAAAAAAUAUAAUUUUAAAGGCGGGCGUGUGCGCGCGAGUGAGUGGGUGUUUAGGUGUCGGUGUGUGCGCUUGUGUGGGUGCAGAAGGGAAAACACAAUUGCGAAAAUUCAGCUAUACUGGCCACCGAAUGGAUAAUGGGUAUUUGUUUAGACACAGAUGCCACCGCGGCACAAGAUACCGGCGAACAAGGCAACGAUUGGAAUCAUACACGGAAUCGAAAUGGCCCAAAUGCUGGAGACUUGGAGGCCGCCGCGGCGGCUGGCCAUUUGGCCUCUACCAAUAUCGGCGGCAUCGAUAUGCAAAAUGCUGGAAAAAUCAAAUUCGAUCCGCCCAAAGUGCCAGUGAUAUUUGUUUUAGGCGGCCCAGGUAGUGGCAAAGUCACCCAUUGCGAUACUUUUAUGCAGGAGCGACGCGGAGUGACGCACAUCAAUAUGAUGGAUCUGCUUCAGCAAUAUGCAAUGGGCAAUGACAUGCAGGACUUUUCGCAACUGUCGUCGAAAACAGUCACCGAGGUGUUGAUGUUGGAAAUGAAAAUGGCUCCAGCUGCCAAAGCAUACCUAAUAUCUGGAUAUCCACGCUCAAUGCGCGACGUUGUCGAAUACUCAGAGAAGAUUCAAGUCGUUAAUGGCGUGAUUCUAAUAUCCUGGCGUCAGUCGGUUUUACAAAAGCAAAUCGACUAUGGAGCCAAAUUAGGUCAUGUAGUACUCUCCUUAGCCAAAAUGGAAUUGGAAAAUUUCUUUAAAAAUGUGAUGCCAGUCGCCGAUUAUUUUGAUCAAAGCGACAUGCUAUUGGCUGUUAAUGGUGAGCGUGCCCCCACAGAGGUGUAUAAAGACUUUCGCACCGCUGUCCUCGAUAUACUCAGCACUCUCGAGAACCAAGAGGCCGUAAUGAAUGGAGUUACAGAAGGCACCGCCGCCGUCAGCACCACCGACACCACUGGCACCGCUCUGGCCAAAGAUCUGACCUUGAAUCCUACGGGUGGGGCUGUGGCCAUCAUGAAAACUGGCACCACCAUUGCCGAUGACGACAGCGGGGUGGUGAUAACCCAGCAGCCAAAGCUCCGUCCAGAAGCCGGUCUGGAUGAGUCCAACCUACCACCUAUCAUUUGGGUGAUCGGGGGACCGGGAAGCAAUAAGGCCACGCUUUGUCUCAAGGCCGUUGGACUGAAUCAAGGCUGGGCUCACAUAAGUGUGGGUCGCCUUUUGCGGAAUAUCACUGACUCUGCACCACGUGCCAAUACCGAAAGUUUUGCCGUCAAGGAGGCCCUGGCCGCCGGAGACAUGGCUCCCGAGAAGUCCUUGAACCAGCUGUUGGAAACAAAUCUGCGUCAAUUGCAGGAUAGAACUGGUAUCAUCAUAGAUGGGUAUCCCAGGAAUCUGCAACAAGUCAAGUACUUUGAGAAUAAGUACAAGCAACGCCCGCCCAUUAUUUUGCUGGACUGUUCGAAGCUUCAACUGGGCCGAGGACGAAUAGACGACACAGUUUCCUCAUUUCGUCGCCGCCUGGAGCUCUUCCGAGAGCAAACCCUACCCAUGCUUAAGACCCUAGACUCCAGCAAUCGUCUGCAGAUUGUCGAUGGCGAUACAGACAGUCCGUCAGUACAGCGCGAGUUCGAGCGUCUCAUCCGAAGUCACAUUCAGCGACUGCUUAACCAAGGCGAGUAUACGGAUGCCAUGGAGCCCCUGGGCAACCAAAUGAUGCGGAACGAGCAAACGGAUGCCAUUCUACACGACCUGGAAACGAAUGUGCCGGGAGCAGUGCCCACGAUCAGUCAUCAUGUCAGCAUGAUGAACGGACAUCUGAAGAACCGGAGUAGUGCCGUGGGAAGUGGCAAGCAAAUGAUGAACGGUCAUGUCCCGGGCAGGCCAGGAACAGGCGCCGGAAAUGGAAAUGGGCCAGUGGGACAGUCUGUGCCUGUUGAUUUCCGACACAUGCUCGAGGAGGCCGAGCGAUAUCCGGUGGACUCAUAUAUGUAGAGAAACUUAAAUGAGAAAAGAUUUUUAGUUAUAAAAUCAACUAGUUUAGGAAUAUUGUUAAUGCUGGUUUGUUGUUGAGUCAGGGACCAAUGAAAUGCAGUGUCCUUAUAGCCUAAUGUAGCAGAAUUAAAUUCUAUUAUUUCACCAAACAUUUAGCAACAUAUCAAGUUAAUCUUAAAGACGCCCAUGUAGCUAUAAAAAU